UCGCUCCCAAGACCGGAUAAAGAAGGAGGGUUGGGUACGGGGUUAACAACUUCAUCUCGUAGAAGACAAUCUUGCUAAGACAAAUUGCACGAAAAAAUUCAAACUUUUAAAACUUUCCUGCCAGUUGAAAGUUCUUCAUUUAUGAUCUUUAUGACAUUUAAUGGUUAAAGCCGAGAUUCUUCGAAACUCACGAGGCCGAUGAUAAUGGAAUGUCCAUACAAUGUGGGAGACCGGGAGGACCACCAGAUAGCAACGGGAAUGAGGAGAUACAACUUCGGGGUUCUCGGAAUCAGUGAAACCCAUUGGACUCAAGCUGGAUGAAUGUUGCUGUAUUCUGACCAUGAAGAAGAAAAUUCUCCACACACUCAGUGAGUUGCUCUGAUGCUGUCCAGAGAUGCACGAAAUACACUUAUAAGAUGGGAAUCUCAUGGAUCCAGUACCAUCAAAGCACGAUUCAAAACAAAAGAGGAGAUCAUAAUAUAUGUUGUCCAAUGUUAUGCACCCACCAAUGGUAGCAACGACGACGAUAAAGAUCAGUUCUAUGGGAGGCUGUAAUCCAUCCUAGCGAAGUGCCCAGGAAAAGACCUAACAAUCCCGAUUGGAUAUCUAAACUCCAAAGUCGAAAUGGACAACACCGGAUAUAGAGAUAUCAUGGGACGACAUGGACUGAUUGGGAGAAACGAACAAGAAUGGUGACAGGUUUGCAAAUCUAUACACAUUUAACAAAUUGGUUAUAGGCGGAACAAUACUCUCGCAAAAACACAUACACGAAACUACAUGGGUCUCACAGGACAACAACACGGAGAACCAGAUAGAUCAUAUUUGCAUCACUAGAAGAUUCAAAAAUUCAGUGGAAAACGUGAGAAUCAGGAGAGGAACUAACAUAGAUUCAGAUCACGCCCUGGUUUUAGUCAAGAUGAAAGUGAAGCUGAAGAAGCAUUGGACAACUGGACAAACAGCAGUACAAAGGUUCAAUACAGCCUUCAUUUGGCAUACUGACAAACUCAAUGACUUCAAGAUAGCUCUCAACAACAGGUUCCAAGCCUUACAGGAUAUACUGAAAUACGAAGAAACUACUAUAGAAAACAACUUAGAAUAGAUUAAAAAAGCAAUAAUUCCAACGUGUCAGGAGGUGCUGGGUCACAAUGGGCAUCAUCAUAAGGAAUGGAUCUCUAUGGAAACUCUUAACAAUAUUCAAGAAAGGAAGACCAAGAAGACAGCAAUUAAAACGUCCAAACAAGAACAGAAAAGUUCAAGAUACAAGCUGAAUACACAGAAGCAAACAAGCAAAUGAAGAAGAGCAUCAGAGCUGACAAGGAAAAAUGCAUGGAAGAGCUAGCAAUGACAGCAAAAAAAGCUUUAACAUAAGGAAAUAUGAGACAGCUAUAUGACACGACGAAGAAACUAUCAGAGAAAUAUAGUAAACAAAAGAGACCGGCCAAGGACAAAGAAGGCAAGCCGAUCACUGAGAUUGAAGAACAGAGAAACAAACUUGUGGCACAUUUUGAAGAACUCACGAAUAGACCAGCUCCACUGAACCCACCGGACAUCGAAGUGGUACACACAGACCUCCCUAUAGAUGUCACUACACCAAUGACCGAAGAAAUCAGGAUGGCAAUCAGCCAAAUCAAGAGUGGCAAGGUGGUAGGACUUGAAAGUAUACCAGUUGGAGCACUGAAGUCAUACACGGAAGCAACUUCAAACAUGUUCCACGUUCCAUUCAGAAAGAUUUGUGAGGAGGAACAAGUGCCACAGACAUAUUGGAAAGAAGGAUAUCUCAUCAAGAUACCAAAGAAGGGAGAUCUGAGCAAGUGUGAGAACACAAUUGUAUAGGCAUCACACUAAUAUCAGUACCACGGAAAUUUUUGAACAGAGUGUUGCUAAUCCAGACGAAAAAUUCAUUAGACGCUCAUUUUCAAGAUCAAUAGACCGGAUUUCGUAAGGAUCAGUCGUGCACAACCCAAAUCGCGACACUACAAAUCAUCGUUGAACAACUAAUUGAAUAGAACUCGUCAUUAUACAUCAACUUCCUUGAUUAUGAGGUGUUUGACAGCGUGAAUGGGAGAAUAUUAUGGAAACUUCUUCGAUAUUAUGGUGUGCCUAAGAAAAUUGUCAACAUCGUACAGAAUUCAUACGAUGGACUACAUUGUAAAUUGGUUCAUAGAGGACGGAUGACAGAUGCAUUCCAAGUGAGGACCGGUGACUGACUGGUAUAUGAAGAACACUGCAUCUCAAAGGGAAGCAUAGAAUACAGUUGGCGGCUCGCAUGCAAUAAACGAGUUGGACAUUUCAGAUGACCGAGCCCUUAUAUCCCACACAUACGAACAAAUGCAGGUGAAGACAGCCAGUGUAGCAGCAGCCUAUGUCGCAGUAGACCUCAACAUUCACAAAGGGAAAAGCAAGAUCCUGAAAUACAGCACGGAGAAUACCAAUCCAAUCAUAUUUGAUGGAGAAGCUCUGGAAUAGGUGGAAACUUUCACGUACCUGGACUGCAUCAUCGGUGAACAAGGACCAUCAGAUCCAGAUGUGAAAGUAAGUGUAGCGUUCCUGAAGUUGAAGUACAUUUGGAGCUCAAAAACUGUCUUCAAGCCAACGCCAAAGUCAGAAUUUUCAAUGGAAACGUCAAGACAGUUCUACUAUACGGAGCUGAAACUUGGAAAACUACUGAGGCCACCAUUAAAAUGGUAAAAGUAUUUAUAAAGUUUUCUUCACAAGACGCUUCAUAUCACUUGGCUAAGAAUCAUGAAAAUAUCCUACUUUGGUGGAGAAUAUACCAUCUUCCAGCUGAGAAAGACAUUAGAAAAAGUCGCUGGGGGUGCGUUAGAAGCAUUUUACGGAAUUAUAAAACUGAAUCAUUAGGCAAGCCUUAAUUAAGAAUCCUCAAGGCAAAAGAAAAAAGAAGAGACAAACCAAAGUACACAGUACACGCAGAGGCAGACGUCGAAAUCACGAAUAACUUUUUGCAAAACUGGAGAGAGCCCAUGAUAGAAUGGGUUGGAGACUCCUGUUCGGACGCCUAUGAAGUAUGAGGAGUGAUAGUCUUAUAUAAGACAUCAUAUGUCAUUUACGUGUUGUUCUCAUGUUAAUAAUCAUCUCAGAAUCGUGAUGAUUAUGAUAAAUUAACAUCAGAAGCAUGCUGAUUCCAGGAAUUUCAAUUGUCACUAUGAUUUCUUUUCAUCCGGCUUAUUUAGUUUCGAAUAUUUUGUGCAUAAUAUUAACUCAACUGGAUAUGUUAUUUUCAAAUUUUAGAAUAUUGCCCUGAAGGACGCUCUAAAGACAUUUUUAUUUACAAUAAUUUAUGAAGUUGUUAGUUGGAUUUGAAUAAAAAACGUUAUAAUUGAAAAUAUUAACAGACAUAAUCUUUAAUUUAUAUUGUUUUAUUUAUAUGGGAUCAUUCGUCAUAACUCUCAUAUUUUUACAUCAUCUAUUUAUAAUUAUGUACUUUGUUUAAUUGUCAAUGAUUUGACAUGCCUAGCUCAGUAUACACUUGGAUUAUAUAGGAAACAACUAUAAAGUAUUGGGAUUUUCUUCAAUUUUUUCUCUGAGGAUUAUCAUAUCUCCCUUAUUAUCUUAAUAUUUACUUAAAUUGUCUAUUAUGGUUAGCGCUUUUUUAGCGAGGUUACUUUAUGUGGGAUUGGGGUUGCCGAUCCCAUUCCCAACCCUCCUCCUUCAUACUAGCUGGGCACCGACGGUAACCCUAGAAGGGCAACAGGCGGAGUUUUAUUACCCUAAAAGUUCACUUAAUUAUGAAUACCCUAACAUUAUUUACAUUUGACUUGUUUGCAGACGUAAAGUGUCGUUCCAUUCAUUUAUUUGAUAGCCAACAUUUAAAUGUUUUCCCCACUCUCUACAUACCUAAAUAUAGUGAAUUAUUUAUUGAAUAGUUGCCAACACCAAGUUCUAAUUCUCAUCGAAGGUUGAGUGUUGCUGUAUAAAACCACGUUACUUUUGCAUCAAAAAACGGCAUUUACAAGACUUUCUGUGGAAUUUUAUUCUGAUAUUAAAUGAUAUUCUAUUGAAUGUCAAUGCGAAGUUAUACAUAACAACAGUAACACAGUAAGAAUAACUUUAAGCUCUAUAAACUAGGUGAUUGAGUAGAACUUAAUUCUCAAUAAUAACAAUGUGAAAUUUUAAACAUCUACAACAAGUGAUAAACAACAUUAUUUAUAACCAUUAUAAAAUGAUGUCAUUCGAGAGGAAUAUUCAGACCUAUUUCUUAACUAUAUACACCAGUCACCAACUGGCCUAUAAAUCCAUUGUUUUAUAUAUAAAUAUGUUAUUAUUUGAAAAACGAUUACAAAGAUACUGUGUGAUUCAAGUUAAAAUCAGUAUGGUAAUGAUUUAAUGAAAACGU